UAGACGAUGAUAUUAGAAGUACCCGAAUGAAAUCAUUAUCGUGAAAACUAGUGACAAGAAAAAACUUGCAUAAAUUUACGCGUGAAAAUAUCAGCAAAUAUGUCAGACGACGAAAAGUUUGAUGGGGUUAUGUUAAAUAUGGCCACCCAGCUUGAAGGUGGCGUCCCAGAAAAAGGUCGUGGUAGAAAAUACAGAACAUACUCGGCAGAAGACUUGGCCAGAGCUUACAAACUUGUUAAAGAGAAAGCAUAUGCCGUUCAGACUGCUGCCGACGCUUGUGGGGUUCCAGAAGCCACUUUAAGAGACAGAGUAAAGGGUAAAGUGAAAAUCAGUAUUAAAAGGUCUGGGCCACCACCUAUACUAGGCCUGGCAGAAGAAGGAAAACUAGUGGACUACUUUCACCUGAUGUCUAGUUUCGGGUAUUCAUACUCCAGGACUGAUAUAAUAAAUCUUGCCUCAGAUUAUGCAAUUUUACUUGGCAAGCGAGAGCCAAGUGAUGGUCUAACACAUCAGUGGUAUUACAAAUUCCUGGAAAGAUGGCCACAUGUAGAGACAAGCAGGGCAUCUGGCACAAAGAAGCAGUUUGAGAAAGCAACCUCUUCUGAUUGUCUCAGUAGGUACUUUCUGAUGUUGCAAGAGCUCAUGAAUCAACAUAAUUUGAUGAACAAGCCAGAUUCGAUUUUUAUAGUGGAUGAAGUGCUGAUAGAUCUGGAAAAGAGUCCACCAUCAGUGUAUUCCUGGAGAAAUAACAUGAAGUGGGAGAAGUACCAAAAAGGUAUAGAUCCAAGUAUGACAAUAAUUGCAAGUGGUAAUGCAUCAGGUGCGAGAUUACCAGCUUUCUUUAUAUUUCCUGGGAAGACUGUGAGUUCUGAAUCAAUCGAGGAUUGUUCUCCAGGGACUGGAGCCACCUGCAGCGACGAUGGUACAACUAACUGUAACGUCUUUCAGCUGUAUCUUGAGAACCACUUUCUCAAAUUCAUUGAGAGGAAGGACAAUUCGGAAGCAAUCCUGGUUCUGUACGAUGGUUUCCGCUCUCACAUGUCUCCAACUCUUAUUGAAAUGUACAAAGCACAAAAUGUUCAUUUAUUCCCAAUACCCCCUAGUGGGUCACAGUGUCUUGUGCAUAUGAACAGAGGAAUCUUUGGUGAAAUUGAAACAAAGUUUGCAGAUGAGUGUUAUGAUUUCAUUGAAACAGAAGUUGAAAGGUCGUUGCAUUCAAACAUUUGUGUAGUCGCUAGUAAAGCAUAUAAUGAGGCGGUAAUGGAAGGAAAUUUGAAAAGUGUAUUCCAAAGAUAUGGACUGCAUCCAUUCAAACCACAGAUUGUUAACAAGAGAAUUGACUUGACUCUUCCACCACCAGAGCCACCUGGCAUUAAAAGAGACAGGAUGGUUGUUGUAACUCCACUGCCUCAGAAAACAACAAGAAGGUCUAGCAAGCGAAAGGCAGUUAAAAAGAAAGUAGAUGUAGAGGAUCUCGAGGAAAUAGAUUCUCAGUUGAUUGAAAACAGGAAAAAGAAAAAAAUGAUGCCUAAUAAAAGAAUGAAUUACAGCAACAGACGAAAGAGUGCAAAGGCGAUGGCUAAAAAGAGAGAAAGAGAAUUGGCAGAGUCGAAGCCCACCUUGAAAUUGAAAUUUGUAAGGGACAUCAGUUGUAAAGGCAAAAGAGGCAGAAAACCUAAAGUAAGAGACGAUGACAAUGAGGAUUCAGAAACAGAAUAUGAAACAGAGACUGAUUAUGAAAUCGAAGAAAUGCUAUCAAGUGAGGAUGAAGAUGAUCAAGCUGAAGAAAAUGCACAAAGAACUGUAGACAUUGCCAUACAAAGAGAACACUUCGAGAGUGCUCUAAGAGAAGAGUUACUGAGUACACAUGGACUAUACUUUGAUGGAACACAGAGAGAAAGAUUUGAAAGGGAGUUUGCCAGAGUGAAAAAUGAAAUUGAAAGCCAGGAAGUGCCAAGUGAAACUGGAGUUCAGGAUGGAGAAGUAGUGGAAGAAGGUAUUGUGGACCAUAGUCAGGUCACACAUGAAAUAAUUGACCAAAGUGAGGUGCACAACAGUUUGGUUAAAGAAGAGAAAAUAAUAUACACUGAAGAAGCAUCUUCCACAGAGGAAAAUAUUGAAACUGGACCAACUGUAGUAAUAGAGAGCGUGGAAGAGGAGAUACCACAGUCAGAGAAAUGCUGUGUGUGCAAUAAGUACAACCCAGAGUUUCCAGACAGUGGGUAUGUCAUGGAGUUUGCUACAUGGGGAAAGUGUGACUACGAGGGAUGUCAGCACUGGACUCACUUGAAACAUUGCUGUAAUGUAAAAGUCCUGAGACGUCAUGAUAUUUUUUACUGCCCCUGUCACAACCAAGUGUAAAACAUUCUUUUCAGUGGUGGAGAUUUUAUUUCAGAAAGGCAUUAAUAAGUUGUUGAACGUAGAUGUAUAUAACUUCUUGCAGAUUUUGUAUAGUAGUUUUUCUGUUUUAUAUGUCACCUAAAUUUCAAAAUUCUUAUAUUAUGCUUUAAAGGUGCAUAAAUGCAGAAAUAGCUCAGCUUGGAUGAAAUUUUAAGUACAUGUACUUUGUUCCUGUUUUGAUAUAAAAGAUACAAGAUGUAGGUCUACAUGUAUAAUGUAAAUACGAUACUUUAAUAUUUCAUUAAGCUGUGCCAGUAUUUCACAUACUAAAUAGUCAGGUACUCCAAGUCAGCUUUUGAGUUAUAGCCCUUGAAUUAAAGUGAUAAAAAUUGAAAAUGAUCACUGAACCACUUAAGCUGUUCUUAACAGAUGAUUAUCAAACUUUGUUUAUAUUUAGGUCCAAUAACCUAGUGGAUAGUCUUUGACACUCUAGAGUUACAGACCUUGAAACAGUCAAAAUUGAGAAAGUUGACAGUCAAGCAAUAAGUACUUUAUUAAAAGAUUAGAAUUAAAACUCUGUGACAGAGGUACAUAUAUAUUGUGGAAGUUUGGCACUCUUGUUGACAGUAUGUUUUCAUUGACAGUAACUGUACAAUAUUAACGGUUUAAAAAACAGCUUUUGUUACUAAAAUGUAAGAAAAAAAUAUUUUUUGUUAAAUCAUUUCUAAAUUAUUACUGAUCUGUUCAGAGCAUAAUUUGAGGGAUUUUGUUUUUAUGCCCCCGGCAUCUACUGAUGCGGGAGGCAUAUAGUGAUCGUCCUGUCCAUCCGUACGAGGUUAACCAAAUGGGACCAUUCCGUCUAGCAUCAAUACCCCUUACUAGAAUGACUUGAUACUUAUGCAGAUGUAACCUGUGACCAUUCCUCAUCUUCAGACAUCACCUGACCUCAGUUUGACCUUGAGCUCAUUUUGUACUUAGGUUGCUUUAUAUGGGCCAUCUCUUGGUUAACCAAAUGGGACCGAUUCGUCUAGCAUCAAUACCGCUUACAAGAAUGAAUUGAUACUAAAACAGAUGUAGCCUGUGACCAUUCCUCAUCUUCAAACAUCACCUGACCUCAGUUUGACCUUGACCUUGACCUCAUUUUGUACUUAGGUUGCUUUAUAUGAGCCAUCUCUUGGUUAACCAAAUGGGACUGUUUUGUCUAGCAUUAAUACCACUUACAAGAAUGAAUUGAUACUAAUACAGAUGUAACUUGUGACCAUUCCUCAUCUUCAAACAUCACCUGACCUCAGUUUGACCUUGACCUUGUUUUGGACUUGGGUUGCUUUGUAUCGACAAGGAUGCCACCGGGGGCAUCAAGCGUUUAUUGAACGCAGCUCCUUGUUUUUAAUGAAAUAUCGGGUAGGGCUUUGUCUGGAGGCAGAUUUGUAAACUCACUGUUUUCUUCUAAGGAUGCUUCUUGAAUUUUAAGAAAGUUCAUGACUGCCUUUAAAACACUCAUUAUUUGCAACAGUCAGUGUAUUUUAAGUAGGAAAUUUCUGUUUAACCCAAUGGAUGGGCCACAGUAUCAGACACGAGAGUUACGCACAGAACUUGCCAUGUUGUGUUGAAAAUAUUCCAUAUCGUAUGUGUGGGUUAAUUUCUGUUGAGUCUUUCUUUUUUGAAAGAUCUGGACUUACUUCUUAUUACUCCUUGAAAUAAAUUUGAUACAAAUUCACAUGUAGUAAUGUCUGAGUGGUGUAAAGUUGGUUAAAGCUUUACUGGCAAAGCUCUAAUUCAGAGUCAAGCACUGAGAAAAGUCGAGCAUGCUGUCUUAUGGACAGCUCUUGUUUUACUAAUUUUAUUUCAUGAAAAAGUACGAUAAAGAAUUGAAUAUUGCUUUAAAUUGAACUUCUUAUGAAUGAAUUUAGAAGUUUCCAAAAUAUCCUUAAAAUUCACCUUGGAUAGCGUACAUAGAAUUAUUAAUACAUGUAGUAAUAGUAUGAGGUAAAAAUAAUAUUUGGGAGUUUGGGCUACACCUUGCUGUUCCUUGGGUAACUCUAGGUAACAACCCAGGUUGUUGUUUUUUUUCUCUGGACCAAUAUGAUGAGUAAUGUUUGAACUGGUUAUUAUUAAUAUUUUGGGUAAAGUUACAGGGCAUUUAGGUUAGAUUAGGUCAGCAACUGUUUUCUGUGGUGUGCUUGCAUGUUAAACAUGUUUAAGACAAUACUAUGACAUAUUUCGUUUCUGUGUUAAUUGUUUUUACCUAAUUGAUAAUUUGAAGUUGUAGUUAAAAAUGACAUCAAAGUUUAGAAGCUGUUUUAACCCAGUUUCUUUUGAGUUUUAGAAGAGAUUAUUAGUUUUAAAAUUCCAUGAUUGAGCAUAAAUUACAUUAUUUUUUUUUGCUUUUUUCUCAGUAAAAUUUGGAGCAUGCAAAACAUUGACAGCCAGAUUGUCAAACUGACCAAAGACUGAUGUGACAUGGAACGGAAAUAGCCAAACAUAGAAAAAAAUAUUGUCAAACAUCGACUGUGUAAUGUGUAAUAGUUGGUACAUUUCAUAAAUCUAAAAUGGAAAGCUUCAGUCAUUUUGUAUUUGAAUGUUCUUAGAUCUCUAAAUGGACAAGAAAAUAUCAUAUUGGUAAUUUCAGUAUAUGACUUUGCAUUGAAAAAUAACCCCAUAAACAUUGAUAUUUUCAAUUUUAUUCAAUUUAAUGGACAAGAUGUGCGGCUCACACUCACACUCAUCAAUGCUAAUGGCAAGACUUACAAACUUAUCUUUAUAUAAAUUACCCUCAUUUGACCUUCACCUUCAAAUUGAAAACAAAAUUUUUGGUCCUUCAGCCCACAUAAUGGCCCAAUUUAGUUUUAAGCUCAGUGAACCUGUAUUUUAUAUUUUUGUUGUAUCAACUGUUAAGAUUUCUCAUAUAUUCUGCCAUAGCGCCUUGCAGUUUAGGGUAAGUAUAUUAUGUAUACAUGUAUUAUAAUUUUGUUAAUUGUCCUUUGUAUUGAAUAUGACUGAGAUGAAAAUGGAUGUUUAAAAAUAGUUGCUGAACAGUUUUUCUCUGUUUAUAUGAUAUAUACAUACAUUUGUAUUUUUUUUUGUUAGACAAUGUGUCUGUUACUAUAUAUUUGUGGGUUUACUUGUAUUAACUAAUUUCCAAUGAAAUUGUGGCUAUUCAAUGCCAUACCUAUUAUGAAGUUUAUGUGUUGCAAAUACAGAAAAUUGUAUAUAAAUCUCUUUGAUGGUGUUGACAUUGAUAACUAGAUUUAUAUUUUGUGGCCAUUAAAAUUGAUUUACAACAACCUAUAAAGCAGGGGUAUCAUUAAGGGCUGACAGGCAGGGAUUUUCCCCUUCCACGGAGGUCUGAAGUCCCAGCUACUUCUUCUGUUGUAAAUUGUAAAUGGGAGAACUCACAGGUCCCACCAACUUUGCAAUUUCCACCUUUUACAAUAAUUAAUGAAACCCAUGAUAAGAGACAUGGAUGUUUAAUUUGAUGCCAGAUUUUCCAGUCAGAUUUCAAAUACUUACAUAAUGGUAAACUAUAAAAGAGUUAACUGAAGGCAUAUUGAAUUGAAAUGAUUUUGUUAUAAGAAAUUGUAACUGUAUCAUAAACCCUUCUUUCAGUAUAAAAUGAAUUGUAAUUUUAGUGCAAAAUCCACAAAAAUUAAUCCUCCACAAAUACUACUGACUUCACAGUAGAGUAUAGUGUAAUGUUCAUAUAUGUUGUAAGGUUAAUUGCAAUCUUGAAAGAGAAAGUGGUAAAAAUUGUUUUAGCAACAAUAAUACGGCUAUGGUUCUCAAAAUCUUCAGGAAUAAAAUGCAUCACCAUUUUGAAGAGCUAGGUUCAGUGUGUUCAGUUAAAACUUGUUGCAGAACAAAAAUCACAAUGCUCAUGUUGUUACUUAUUUCAUCCAUUUAAUAAAACAGAAAUGUGUAUUAGAAUGUACUGAGAACCAGAAUGUUUUAAAGAGGUAUCUUGGGCUUUAUGAAAAUACAGUUCUGCUAGCUGCUGUUAACUUGUACAUUGUUAUUGUAUGUUUAAUAAAAUUAUUUCUCAACUUGCAAA